GUAUUUGAUUGUAUGAGUUGUAUUCUACUUUUAAAAGCCUUUCCACGUAAUUUUUCAAUUUUCAAUAAGAAAAUACAAAGAUUAAAAAAAAAAAAAAGACGUGUUUACUUCCGGUAUCCAAAUGUUGUGCUAAGCUAGAAUGCGGAUGUCCAGGCAGUUUGCCACAAACCUAUGCUUUAAAUUCCAAGUCUUUAUAAAGAUUGCGCAUUUUUUAAAAAAAUAUUUAUAAGUUAAAAUGUGCAACGGUUGUGUGCAAAAAGAAUACCCCGACCGGGGAAGCACUUGUCUGGAGGAUGGCUCCUAUCUGAUUAACUACCUGGGCUGUGCCAAAUGCCAUCACAGGGACUUCGUGAUGAUCUGUAAUAAAGACACAGAGGAAGAUGAUGGAGAGGAGAUCGUCACUUAUGACCAUGUUUGCAAAAACUGUGACCAUGUUAUCGCCAGGCAUGAAUAUACAUUCUCAGUGGUCGAUGAAUAUCAGGAGUACACAAUGCUUUGCAUGCUGUGUGGAAGGGCGGAGGACUCCAUCAGUGUGUUGCCAGAUGACCCCCGACAGACUGCCCCCCUCUUCUAGGGCUGAUAUUUCCAUACACGAUACUGCAGAUUGACAUAGACUAAGUAUUAUUAUUGGUAUGGAUAUGGUGACAGCCAUAGGCAAAACCAGCCUUUGUCUUGAAUUGCUUUUGAUCAAUGCACUGUAAAUGUUUAAGAUAUAAUGAGCAUUUGUGAAUUCACAGGAAAUAGAUUUAUGUAUGAUGUCUUAUUUGCCAAGGAACCAAUUACAUCAGAACAAUUAGUGUUCUCAAGUGUCACAUACCUACUUGUAAGACUGUUCCCUGUGCCACUUGAUUUUAAUAUGGCGCUUAAAUCCAUCAAAAUACAGUCAAUAAAAACACUUUUUAUGCUUGUG